AUGAACCGAUUAUCUAAGGUAUUUAAACCGUUAAAGAUAAGUUCAAAGGAUGCGCUUUAUAGUAAAGUAUAUGAUUUUUUAGUUGAUGAUUUUAACGAUCAGAAAAUCAAUAAAAUAUCAAAAAUAAGUAGUAUUUUUAAAGCCAGUAAUAAAAGCUCUUCUAAGGUAUUUGAAACGUUAAAGAUAAGUUCGAAGAAUGACAUUCAAAAUGAUCAUGAAAAAGAAACAAUACAACAAAUGAAAGAGUCAGUUAAUGGUGUCCUUCAACCCAACGCCAUGUUAACAAUUAAUAAAGCAGUUGCCCAACAAGCGAUAGUGGCGUUCCAUGUGCAAGAAGUAUCUAAGCUAUUAUCUCGUAAUACAUUUGAUUUGGAUGAGAUAUUUAAUGAAGACCCACCAAAACCAAUUUAUUUUGAAGAUUCUGACAUUUUGAUUGUCAGUCUCGUCUAUUCUACCUUACCUUCAAGAUUUUUGAAAACUGAGAUAGAAGAUAUUAAAGUUAGAACAGAUAAUGUGGGAAAUAUUAUUUGUUUAUCAUUUUACAGUGCCAGCAAUAGAAUAGCUGAAGAAUUAACAUUAGAAGAAAAGGAAAAUCAUAAGAAAAAAUCAAAGGAAAAGUCUGAGAGACUUCUUAAUUUGUCUAAAUCAAUUAUUCAUGAAUAUAAUAUGUAA